GACAAUCUUCGCACAUGACACCAACAUAUGAGGAUAUGAGCACAACGGGGAGAAUAUCAUCAUCAUCAACAACAAGAACAGAAACAUGUCCCAGAAAAGUAAUGUAAGAGUUGAAUAUCAAAACUCAUUUGCGUUGCAAACCACUUCACUUCCAAACGAGCGUUUUCCAGCAUCGGACUGUAGUCAGUCUCCUUCCUCUCCUCCAUUACCACCACCACCACCUCCUCCUCAUCCUCCUCUCCACUUCCUCUCCUCUCCUCUCUCCAUCACAGCAUCCAUCUCCAUCUCCCCAGACCAGCUGCUGGUAGUUUGUGUAGUAAGAUAUCUCGAGCCGUCUACUUCUUGCAGGUGCAGCUUUCGCUCGAAGCGCAUCCACAGCUUGAGGUGCAGUCACAGCCACCCAUGAUGAAGAUGAUGAAGUUCUUGGUUGUUGGUUGAAGUUGGGUCUGAGUUGGGUUGAAGUUGGUUGUGAUUGUGGUUGUUGAUAGUCGGUGUCUUGAUAGAAGAGAGAGAAAUUUCAAGAGCAAGAUGAGACUAGAUAUAUGUCUCCUCCCUUCUUCUACUACUUCUACUACUACCGAAGAAGCUCCCCUUGCACGUGUA